AUGUCAACAGUACCACCACGUACUCCAGACCGCUCGGUGCUAGGGGAUUCCUGGAUCGUCGCAUCGACGGCAUCGAUCAAGGAUCAAAGCUGCAGCUCUACACCCAGCAACGAUCCUGGAAGUCCCACGCCAGCGCCCAGGACACAAAAGCAAGUUGAUACCGCCAAGCCGGCAAACAAGAUCGCGAACCCAAAGCCGAACCCAGACCAAAACCAAUACCGGGAUCAAACAAAGCUGUCAGAUUCGCUGACUUCGUCUACCUCAUCAUGGAGUAUGUCAGGUCCGGAGCUCGUCAUGCCAUCCAUCUACGAGGUACCCAUCUCAGAGGCAUCAUGGGUAGCGCCGCAUAUGCGAUCCGCAGACCCAAGGUCCCCGCAUAUGAGGAAGCGGCGCAAGAUCACACCGAGUGGACAACAGAAACAGCAGUCCAGCUCUGCACCUGAAGCAUCCGACGCAGGCUUGUCAGCUCCAGGCCAUGCAAUCAGGAAACCGAGUGUGAUCUCAAAGCUCUCGUCCCUAUACCACAAGCAGCGCACGCUACUCCGCACGGCGAUCAACACACUCCUCAUCGCCCUAAUCAUGCACCUCCUCAUCCUCCCCGAACUCAUCUACCAAGCGCAAGACCUCUGCACGCUCCCAACAAUCCAAUCCACCUACCCAGCCAGCUGCAUCCCUCUCCACCCACGAGCCCUCCCCUCCAAUCCCUUCCACUCUGCUAGCAUCCCCAUUUCCCCGGAGGAAACCAUCAUCGCCGCGCAAACUUCCCUCCAAGAUAUCUUCACCACCACCCUAUCAACCCUCACCCCACUCGCAUACACUCUCAAAGAUAGCGAAUCCACCCUCUCCACCCUCCAAACAAACCUGCAAACAAGUCUACCCGACGCCCGACACGCACUAGCCCUCGAAUUCCAAGGCAGCGACGCCGCCCUGCGCGCUGCAGCUUGGGAAUUCGACUCGCUGCGCGCAGACCUGCGCUCCGCCGUCGACAGUCUACUCGCAUCCCCGCUAGCUUUGGAGUCCGGGGGCGCGGCAUCGAUCGCACGGGAUACCAGACUCGCAGCGCAACUGCGCCGCCGUGCAGAGUAUCUCGAUCGCUUGCGGGCGCAGUUGCGGAGUAAAGCCGAGUCUCUGGGCGGACGGUUCGCCACGCUAGAUGAUCAUCUCGAAGCUAUUGAUGGGAUUGUAUCCCGUGAAGCGCGACGGGCGUCGCUUUUGCACGGUGAUGGUGAUCAUGCAGAUACAGCGGGUCAACGCGGUGAGGGUCUGCUGCACUCUUUAUCAAGCUAUGCCGGAUUCAGCGCGCGGCUGUUCGGUGCCGGGUCAAGCUCUAGCUCGAGCUCGGACUCGAAUGCGGACUCGCACGAUCAAUCAACAGGCCCAUCACCUGCAGCUUUGUCUAACGCAGAUCGGCGGCAGCCCACGAGCACCCUUGCAUUACUGCGACUUGCAGCGACACAACAUCGUGCCGUCGCAGACGAGGUCGCGCGACUUGCGAAGGCGCUGCGGGAUGAACAGCGCGCUCGAUUGGGGCCCACUUGGUAA